AGCUGACGAAUGGAUGAGGCAUGCACAUGUGUCCAUUCUGUUCUUUGACAACAAGAGAAAACAAUUUGUCAGUGCAGUUAAAAAUCGAGGAAGGAGAGAAGUCAUUCGAUAACAAAACUGUGGUACAUCUUUUCAACUAGACAAUAUUUCAAUCAAUGUCUAGUUAAAAAGACAUGCAUCCCACCAGCACAUCCGAAGAAUCCCCCGAAGGGAUACAGCCAGCAAGGAAUAACAACAUGUCAAUCCCCCAAGAUGAAUGAAAGAACCGUAUAAUGUUGUUCAAUUCAUCAAGAGUGAUGUCCAAGAGGCUCAACAUCAGGGUCAACGUGGCGACCUUAAUGUUGACGUUCGUCUUCUUGACAGUCCUCUACUUCCUGCUGACGAAGGACUGCAGGAGGUCUCGAGAGCCUCGCGUCGACAAGCCAAAGUAUCGCCUGGUGGUCGUGAUCCUGACGAGCCCAGACGGGAUGAAAGUGAGAGACGCCAUGAGGAAGACGUGGCUGUCAGAGGAGACUGAGAACACGAGGCACCUGUUCGCGAUAGGAACCCUGGACAUUCAGCCAGAGCAACGAGAGACUCUGCAAUCUGAACAGGACAAGUUCCACGAUCUUCUGCUGCUGCCAAAAUUGCAGGACUCGUAUGGAACUCUCACGAAGAAGGUCCUGCAGUCGAUGCAGUGGGUUCACCAGGAGUUCGAGUUCGAUUAUUUGCUCAAGAGUGAUGGCGACAGCUUUGUCCUGCUGCACAGGAUGCUGACGGAUCUCGACGUCUGGGAGGCGAAGGGGACGAGGAAGGAGCUGUACUGGGGCUUCUUCAAUGGCAGGGCCAGUGUCAAGAAGACCGGACCCUGGAAAGAGAUCGGGUGGAAUCUCUGUGAUUAUUACCUUCCUUAUGCUGUCGGUGGGGGGUAUGUUCUGUCGUAUAAUCUCGUCAAGUUCAUCGCCGAGAAUGCUGAUGUGCUGAGAUUAUUCAAUUCCGAGGAUGUAUCAGUGGGCCUCUGGCUCUCCCCCGUCGCCAAUAUCGAAAGAAAGCACGACGUUCGCUUCGACACCGAGUACAUCUCAAGAGGCUGUUCCAAUCAAUACAUCGUGACUCACAAACAAACCCCCGAAAACAUGAAGUCCCUCCACGAUUUCUACACAUCCACCGGUAGCCUGUGCUCCAAGGAAAUAAGAAGUCGAAUGAGUUAUCACUACAACUGGACAGUCCCCCCCAGCCAAUGUUGCAAUCGUCAGGUCGGAGUCAUCUGACUUUCCCUAGCAUUUUUUACUCUCCAGAGUUGAUCUAGUCCUGUCACGAAAUUCCACAUACACUUGUCAUUCAUCAAAUAAAAUAAAAUAAGUCGUUAACGAAUAGGUAAAGUACUGGAAGUUUAUUCAUCAAUAAUUACUUUACAACGAAUAAAUGAUGAAUUAAUCACCUUGGAAUUAAAACAAUGGUUGUUUGUUCAUCAUGAAUUGUUCACUUACCAUACAAUUUUUGGCUCAGAUUAUUGGAAAUCAUUGCUGAUCUAACAAUUCACAUUCAUAAAAUAUAAAAAAACAGUAAUUAACUAGUAUAUUAACUAAUAUAUAGAUCUGAAUCUAUAUUUAUCCUCAUGAUUUCGAGUACAGUUUAAUUAAUACUUGCCUGAUUGUAUUUAUAAUUAAUUUUAUAAACUAAUUAAGGUGAAUCACAGAUUAUCAAGAGCUGGCCAGUGAUUGUAUAAAAAAUAACGUAAUUCAGACGUUAGUGUGAAGGAUGAAUAAAUACUUAUGUGCAAGAGUUAACGAAAAAUGGUGAAUAAAAUAAAAAAAAAACGUUCGGCCAGUUCUCAAAUUCUCCUAGUUCUGUGAUAAACCGAUAAAAACUGUUCUUGCAUUACAUCAGGAAUGAACAUUGUGUUUAGAAUAAAUAGGUCUCUACAUCUACAGUAAUGUGUAUUAUGCUUUUAUCACACUGAAUUGCACACGAGUUUCAUUUCAGAUGCAAUGCAAACGCAGUUGUCUUUAAUUUCCUAAGUUGAGUUUAAUCCAUGUUUCAUUUUGGACAAUGAAACAUUGUCUGAAUUAAUCUCGAUUCAUCGGGCUGAAAGAUCACCGCGAUUGCCUCCUGCCGAUUGCUGAGCAAUUUUUUGACUUUUGAGGGAUUUUCUUCUUGUUCUGCUCUGCUUUCCGGUGGAGAUUCAUUUCUUCUUUCGAUCCUGCGUACAUUUGGGACAGUACCAUUUACCCUUGGGCUUCGUUGUCAGACCCACGCAGGAAAAGUGGAACCACUCGAUUGGACACUGGAAAUAGUUAAAGAUGAUAAAUAUGGAAUUAUAAUCAUAAUUAGGGCUUUGAAAUUGUUGAUAAAGAAUGGAAAUAAGUGAGAGAUGAACUGAUUUAGUUCAAUUAUUUUGUUUUAAGUGAAAUUGACAGAAGAAAAAUGGAGAAGGAAAAUGUAAUUAAAAUUUUCACUGAGACAUCUUUUGAAUUGUUUAAACGAAUCAAAAUAAUUAAUUUCAUAAAAUAAUUUCUUAUUAGUCAAAUGGAGAAAAAAAUUAAAGAUAAUUGAAUUAGUUUUAUGUGGAUAUCUAAAAUCAAAUAGUCAGAUCCAGGGAGGAAAAGUGAAACCACUCAAUGGAACACUGGAAAUAGUUAAAGUUUUAAAUGAUUUUGAGAACAUUUAAGGCCUUUUAUACGUAUAAAAUGGAAUUAUAAUCAUAAUUAGUGUUUCAAAUUCUUAAUAAAGAAUAGAAAUAACUGA